UGUCAUUUUGAUUUCUCAGAUUAUGUAAAAAGGGUUUCUUCGUGCUCUGCAGGAUUCCGGCUGAAUUCUUAUUGGAAAGAAUGGUUGCAGACGAGUUCCCCAUGCUUUUGGAAGAACAUUUUCAUAUUCCUUAAUCUCUUUUUCCUGGUUUUAUUUUCAGCUCAGUUCAUCUUUAAAAUAAUUCUUGACCGUAAUGCACGAAAAACAAAGUACAAUGAGGAAGAACAAAAAUGUUCAGUAGAAAAAGCUAUUCCUGGAAACAUAAGAGUUGGAAAUUCAUACCAAGUCUGCAAAUGGUCUUGCUCAGCGAUUCUGCUCUGCCAAAUUCUCGAGCUCCUAUUAUUCCCAUCAAAUAAAUAUGACGGUCAAUGUGAACUCUCAGUCAAAUUUUUUUCUGAAAUAAUGAAGGCGCUAUCAUGCAUUAUUAUGCUGGUAGGCAUUUUCACUUUCAGGAGAAAAGCCACCAUCAUAAUCCCCUGGACAAUUAGAUUAUUAUGCCUGAGUAUCUUCCUCGAGUUUGCAACCAGCUUAUUUUUUAAACUGCAGUUUAUCCUUUCACACAAGUUGAAGAUGGGAGCAAGAGAACUUUUAAAUAUGAUUGCUCUCUUUUCCUGCAUGUGCCUGACAGCAAUGUCAGUCAGGGGACAAACAGGGAUCAGCGUCACCUCAAGCAGUGUAAAUGAACCGCUGCUGAAUGGUUCUGUGGAGAAACAAACAGAAACUAAAAGAGAAUGCCCGUAUGGGAGAGCAAGUCUUUCUGAACUCGUUACUUUCUCCUGGCUCAACCCAUUAUUUUCCAUUGGAAUCAAGAAACCACUGGAACAACAUGAAGUGCCUGAUAUUGAUGUAAAAGAUUCUGCGGAGUUCCUAUCACAAUCUUUUGAUGAGUGCCUUGAAAGAGUGAAGGAAAAGUAUGGAUGGAAGAACUCAUCUGUUUACAGGGCGAUGUUCUUAUUUAUACGAAGGAAGGCUGUAAUCAAUGCAUCUUUUGCAAUAGUAACCGCAGCUGUUUCCUAUGUUGGUCCUUCAUUGAUAAAUGAUUUUGUAAGUUUUCUAGGAGGAAAGCGGAAUCACAGACUUCAGAAUGGAUACAUUCUAGCGCUGGCAUUUCUUAGCUCCAAGUUUGUGGAGACUGUGGCUCAAAGACAAUGGAUUUUUGGAGCUCGACAGCUUGGUCUGCGUCUAAGGGCAGCUUUGAUUUCUCACAUUUACCAAAAAGGAAUUCAUCUAUCAAAUCAAUCAAGACAAAGUCAUACUAGUGGGGAGCUUAUCAAUUAUAUGAGUGUUGACAUCCAAAGAAUCACAGAUAUUAUGUGGUAUGCAAACAUUAUAUGGAUGCUUCCAAUCCAGAUCUUGCUGGCAAUUAAUGUGCUUUAUAGAAAUCUAGGCCUUGGUGCUUUCGCUGGAUUAGCAACUACAUUCCUUAUAAUGGCAUUGAAUAUUCCGCUUACACAAAGACAAAAAAAUUUUCAGUCCAAGAUCAUGGAAGCCAAAGAUGAUAGAAUGAAAUCAACUGCAGAGGUUCUCAGGAACAUGAAGAUUCUCAAGCUUCAAGCAUGGGACACGAAGUAUCUUCUAAAAUUAGAAAACUUGCGUAAAAUUGAAUGUGACUGGCUGUGGAAAUCUCUAAGACUUCAAGCGAUUUCAGCUUUUAUCUUUUGGGGUGCACCAACUUUUAUCUCAGGAAUCACUUUCGGGGCAUGCAUACUGAUGGGAAUCCCUCUAACAGCGGGGAGAGUUUUGUCUGCAUUGGCGACAUUUCGAAUGCUACAAGAUCCUAUUUUCAACCUGCCUGAUGUGCUUUCAGCAUUAGCCCAGGCAAAAGUGUCUUCUGACAGGAUAGCCUCCUACCUAAAGGAAGAUGAAAUAAAAUCUGAUGCAGUAGAAGUCAUUCUCAGAAAUGAAGCAGAGCUUGAAGUUGAAAUAGAAGAAGGGAUUUUCAGCUGGAAAUUGGAAUCUGUAUCCCCAACACUUUGUAAUAUACAGUUGAGAGUAAGAAGAGGGAUGAAAGUAGCUAUAUGUGGGUCAGUUGGUUCAGGGAAGUCUAGUCUAAUAUCAGCGAUUCUUGGAGAAAUACCAAAAUUGGGAGGGACAGUAAAAAUAAGUGGCAGCAAAGCAUAUGUACCUCAAUCCCCUUGGAUAUUAACUGGCAACAUACGGGAAAAUAUUCUCUUUGGAAAUCCAUAUGACCAUAAUAAGUAUGAAACAACUAUCAAGGCGUGUGCUUUAACAAAGGAUUUUGAGCUCUUCGCCAGUGGAGAUCUAACAGAGAUUGGAGAAAGAGGAAUCAAUAUGAGCGGCGGACAGAAGCAGCGAAUUCAAAUUGCUAGAGCAGUUUACCAGGAUGCUGACAUAUACCUUCUUGAUGAUCCUUUCAGUGCAGUUGAUGCUCACACUGGAAAUCAACUAUUUAAGGAAUGCCUUAUGGGGAUUCUAAGAGAAAAGACAAUUUUCUAUGUUACCCAUCAAGUGGAGUUUCUCCCAACAGCAGACCUUAUCCUGGUGAUGCAGAAUGGAAGAAUAGCACAGUCCGGAAGUUUUCACGAACUUUUGCACCAAAAGACAGGAUUUGAGGUUUUAGUAGGAGCUCACAACCAAGCUCUCCAGUCAAUCUUCAAUGCAGAAAACUCAAGCAGAAGUUUUCAAACAGAAAAUGGAAGGAUAGCAGGAAAUUCAACCACUGAUGAAUGUGAUUUAGAAAAUUCUAAAGACACUCAGCUGCAAAGAAUUGAAAAGCAAGAGUCCGCACAGGAUAUCUCUCAAGAUGUUGCUGAACGAGGAAGACUAACACAAGAUGAGGAAAGAGAGAAAGGUAGUAUUGGGAAAGAGGUUUAUUGGUCAUAUCUGACAGCUGUGAGACGAGGGGCUUUAAUUCCAGUAAUAAUUACAGCACAAUCCCUCUUCCAGAUACUGCAAGUAGCAAGUAACUACUGGAUGGCAUGGGCUUCCCCUCCAACAACAGAUGCACCAGAAAAAAUAGGAAUUAGUUUACUUUUCACAGUAUAUAUAAUUAUGUCAAUUGGGAGUUCACUUUGUGUGUUGGCCCGGGCAAUGCUAGUAGCAAUAGUUGGUCUUUUGACAUCACAAACGCUUUUUGAAGGCAUGCUUCACUCUCUGCUUCGUGCACCGAUGUCCUUUUUUGAUUCAACGCCAACAGGACGAAUCUUAAACAGGGCCUCAACAGACCAAAGUGUGCUGGAUUUGGAGAUAGCAGGAAGGUUAGGCUGGUGUGCCUUUUCGGUAAUACAGAUCCUCGGGACCAUAGCAGUUAUGUCACAAGUUGCAUGGCCAGUUUUUGCCCUAUUCAUCCCAGUGACAAUCAUAUGUUUCCGGUAUCAGAGAUAUUACAUACCAACUGCAAGAGAACUUGCGCGUCUGUCAGGAAUCCAAAGGGCUCCAAUCCUACAUCAUUUUGCAGAAUCACUAGCUGGAGCUGCGACUAUCAGAGCAUUUGGACAAGGAGACCGCUUUACAAUAGCAAACCUCAGUCUUAUUGACAAUCACUCGAGGCCAUGGUUCCACAAUGUAUCUUGCAUGGAGUGGCUUUCAUUUAGACUGAAUAUGCUUUCAAAUUUUGUAUUUGCAUUCUCUCUCAUUUUGCUUGUAAGCCUUCCAGAAGGAUUUAUCAAUCCAAGCAUUGCAGGAUUAGCAGUAACUUAUGGUCUUAAUCUCAACUCCCAGCUAGCAACUAUCAUCUGGAAUAUUUGCAAUGCUGAAAAUAAAAUGAUCUCAGUAGAAAGAAUUGUGCAAUACUCACGGAUCCCCAGUGAAGCACCUUUGUUGAUAGAGGAAAACCGACCACCAAGAAAUUGGCCAGAAACUGGAAACAUAUGCUUUAAGAAUUUGCAGGUUAGAUAUGCUGAGCACUUGCCAUCAGUCUUAAAAGAUAUCACAUGUACAAUACCAGGUAGGAAGAGGGUUGGUGUGGUAGGAAGAACUGGAAGUGGGAAAUCAACCCUAAUCCAGGCACUUUUCCGCAUUGUUGAACCCAGAGUAGGAUGCAUUAUAAUUGAUGGUGUGGACAUCUGCAAGAUAGGUCUUCAUGAUUUGCGGUCAAGGUUGAGCAUCAUCCCACAGGAUCCCACAUUGUUUGAGGGGACAGUAAGAGGAAACUUUGAUCCACUGAGGCAGUACUCGGAUGAAAGAAUAUGGGAGGUAUUAAACAGGUGUCAGCUAGGUGAAGUGAUACGUAGCAAGGACAAGAAAAUGGAUUCAACAGUUGUUGAAAAUGGAGAAAAUUGGAGUGUUGGACAGAGACAAUUGUUUUGUUUGGGAAGAGCCUUGCUAAAGAAGAGCAGCAUUCUUGUUCUUGAUGAGGCGACAGCUUCUGUGGACUCUGCUACUGAUGGAAUCAUACAAGAGACCAUUCGCAAAGAAUUCAAUGACUGCACUGUAGUUACCAUAGCCCAUAGAAUUCACACUGUCAUCGAUAGUGAUCUCAUUUUGGUUCUUAGUGAUGGAAGAGUCUUGGAAUAUGACACACCAGCAAAACUACUUGAAAGGGAAGACUCGUCAUUUUCAAGGCUCAUAAAGGAGUAUUCAAUAAAAUCGCACAGUUAUAACAAACAUUAUACCGUGCAAGGUUCAACCUAAAUGCUUUUAGACAUCUGAACUCAACUGAUGUGACAAUGCUCAUUAAGGUGAAGAAGAUGAUGCGGCCAAGAUGGACAACAUAAAUAAUAAUCUAAUUCUUUGAAGAGUAGAAUGUCAACAUGCACAUUGAAUAAUUGACAAAUCUUGCUUGAACUUUAUUAGACUGGGAUGCACUGAGAAAUGAACCUAACGGUCAGGUGGAUUCUAAUGCAGUGGCUAUAUGGUAAACCGUAAAAAAUAUUCCUUGUUUGGUUAGCGGUGUUAACGUCUACAGCAGCAUGUACUUGCCAAGAAUAACGAACUCGUAAAUUUUAAAACAAGAAUAAAAUUUUUUGAAAUUUCUCUUCCGCCAGAGACAUGCAUGUACUUUCAAUUCUUCAUAAC